AUGAGUUGGCAACUGAACUUCAAGACUGGUGGUGACAAGAGCAACUUCAGCGUGCAUUCUGCAGUGCUGCCGAGGAAGACGGUGGGCAACGUGGCCUCUUACCACACCAUUGGCCACGGGCCGGGGGCUGGCUUUGGCAGUCGGAGCCUCUACAGUCUCGGAGGGAAUCGGCGUAUUUCUCUUAAUGUGGCUGGCAGUGGCGUUCGGGCUGGAGGGUACGGCUUUGGGCAUGGCUCUGCGUAUGGAGGGGGCCGGGCCAGCGGCUUUGCUGGAAGUAUGUUUGGCAGUGUGGCCUUGGGGCCCUCGUGUGCCUCCGCAUGCCUGCCAGGGGGCAUCCACCAGGUCACUGUCAACAAGAACCUCCUGGCCCCCCUCAAUGUGGAACUGGACCCUGAAAUUCAGAAAGUGCGCACCCAGGAGCGGGAGCAGAUCAAGGCUCUGAACGACAAGUUCGCCUCCUUCAUCGACAAGGUGCGGUUCCUGGAGCAGCAGAACCAGGUGCUGGAGACCAAGUGGGAGCUGCUGCAGCAGCUGGACCUGAACAACUGCAGGAAGAACCUGGAGCCCAUUUAUGAGGGCCACAUCAGCAGCCUGCGGAAGCAGCUGGAGACACUGUCCGGGGACAGGGUGAGACUGGACUCGGAGCUGCGGAACAUGCGGGACGUGGUGGAGGACUACAAGAAGAGGUACGAGGUGGAGAUUAACCGGCGCACUGCAGCAGAAAAUGAGUUUGUGGUGCUCAAGAAGGAUGCAGAUGCAGCCUACACAGUCAAGGUGGAGCUGCAGGCCAAAGUGGACUCUCUGGACAAGGACAUCAAGUUCCUGAAAUGUCUGUAUGAUGCGGAAAUCGCCCAGAUCCAGACUCAUGCCAGUGAGACCUCUGUCAUCCUGUCUAUGGACAACAACCGGGACCUGGACCUGGACAGCAUCAUUGCUGAGGUCCGUGCCCACUAUGAGGACAUCGCCCUGAAGAGCAAGGCUGAGGCCGAGGCCCUGUACCAGACCAAGAUCCAGGAGCUGCAACUGGCAGCUGGCAAGCAUGGAGAUGACCUCAAACACACCAGGAAUGAGAUGUCAGAGCUGAACCGACUCAUCCAGAGGAUCCGCUGUGAUAUCACCAAUGUGAAGAAGCAGUGCUCUAACCUGGAGACGGCCAUUGCUGAUGCUGAGCAGCGAGGGGACAGUGCCCUGAAGGACGCCCAGGCCAAGCUGGACGAGCUGGAGGGCGCCCUGCACCAGGCCAAGGAUGAGCUGGCCCGGAUGAUGCGCGACUACCAGGAGCUCAUGAGCCUGAAGCUGUCGCUGGACAUUGAGAUCGCCACCUACCGCAAGCUGCUGGAGGGCGAGGAGUGCAGGAUGUCUGGGGAGAAUCCGUCCUCUGUUAGUAUCUCUGUCAUCAGUAGCAGCAGUUAUGGUUACUAUGGUUACCACCCCAGCUCCAUGAAUGCUGACCUGGGAACCAGUGGUGCCAGCAGCACCCGGAGCAGCCAGACCAAGACCCAAGGGGCACGAGCAGGAGACCUCAAGGACUCCCAGGGCAAGAGCACCCCAGCCAGCACCCCAGCCAAGAAGACUACCCGAUAAGCCCACUGCCCUGCUCACCUCAGCACCUAGAAGAAAGGAUGCCUUGGCCAGAGCCAAAGAUGCCUGCCAACCUGAAUCCUCCCUCUCCAAGUUCUAGAACUGUCUAUAGUAACCCAACUACCCACAUCACACCUUGUCUUACUUUCAAGUUCUGAUCAAUGGUCACCCUCCCUGUGUCAGUAGGUCCUGUGCAGACUUGGUGACUUCUCAUUUUCCUUACUGCCUUCAGCUGGAAGGAGGCUUUGGAAACAAAAGGCACAAUCACCCUGUGGCUC